GGUUAAAAACAACAAACAUCAAGAUGUCAGAUAAAAAGAUGUCAUCGAGUCGGAAGCACCACCUGAAGAGUUUGAUGCUGUCCAUAGCCAAAGGUUUACUGGAGGAGGAGGAGCAGGAGCGAGAGGAGGAGAGGAGGAGGUACAUCGAUGAGAACUGUCCUCCUCUGUCCAUGCCCAGAACCAUGCAGGAGCUGCAGGAGCUCUGCAGACAAAUCCACCACAAGAUCGAUGUGAUUGAUGAGGAGCGAUAUGACCUGGAAAUGAAAGUCAACAAAUCCAACAAGGAGAUAGAUGACCUAAAGAUCAAAGUUCAGGACGUUAUGGGCAAGUUCAAGAAGCCUGUGCUGAGGAAAGUACGCAUGUCUGCAGACGCCAUGCUCAAAGCUCUGCUGGGCUCCAAACAUACAGUCAAUCUGGACCUGAGGGCCAACUUAAAGCAGGUCAAGAAGGAGGUCAAAGAGGAGGAGAAGGAACUUCGUGAUGUUGGUGACUGGCGGAAAAACAUUGAGGACAAAUCAGGAAUGGACGGGAGGAAGAAGAUGUUUGAGGCCGAGGCCUAAAAAGAGUGGCUGCAGUGUUUCAGCUUCUUCCUUUUAUUCAGCAAAACUGCUUCGUCUUUCAAAGUGCGUAAAUUCUGCACUACCCUGUAACUUGUAGAAGUCCAAUAAAAUAUUGCAAUAUUUUUGAAUUUACAAAA